GCCGGGGAGUCCAGCCAGCCUCAACGCCAGCAGCCGGUAGCGUUUAACGUCUUUGUAUUCAGUCUUUUCACGACUACAAGGGAGAAAAAAAGUACAAGCAUGGAUCCGCUGGUUGCUGCGAUUGAUCAGGGCACGAGCUCGACGAGGUUUCUGGUGUUCAAUGCAAAAACAGCCAAAGUGAUCAGUCACCAUCAAGUAGAAAUCAAUCAGAGUUUCCCCAAGGAGGGAUGGGUGGAGGAAGACCCCAAGGAGAUAAUGCAAUCUGUCUACGAGUGCAUGGAGAGGACUUGCGAGAAACUCUGCCAGCUCAACAUUGACAUCUCCAACAUAAAAGCGGUGGGAGUGACCAAUCAGAGGGAGACGACCCUGGUGUGGGACAAAGAGACCGGAGAGCCACUCUACAAUGCAGUCGUUUGGUUGGACCUGCGCACGCAGUCGACAGUUGAGAGGCUCAUCAACAAAACUCCGGGCCGAAACAAGAACCACCUUAAGCACAAGACAGGUCUUCCCAUCAGCACCUACUUCAGUGCUGUGAAGCUGCGUUGGCUUCUGGACAAUGUGGACGAAGUGCGACAGGCAGUGCUCAGCGGGCGAGCCAUGUUCGGCACGGUGGACUCCUGGAUCAUCUGGUGCCUGACGGGGGGCAGGAACGGAGGGGUCCACUGCACAGACGUGUCCAACGCCAGUCGCACCAUGCUCUUCAACAUUCACACCAUGGACUGGGAUCCUGAACUGUGCAGGUACUUUGAUGUCCCCAUGGAAAUCCUCCCCAAAGUCAGAAGCUCCUCUGAAAUAUACGGCUGGAUGAAAUCCACCUCUCUAGCAGGAGUUCCAAUCUCUGGGUGUCUUGGUGACCAGUCAGCUGCUCUAGUUGGUCAGAUGUGCUUCAAGGAAGGCCAGGCCAAAAACACGUAUGGGACUGGUUGCUUCCUGCUCAGAAAUACAGGGACCAAGGCUGUGAUGUCAGACCACGGCCUGCUGACCACAGUUGCAUACAAACUAGGAAAAGACAAACCUGCCUGCUACGCACUGGAGGGUUCAGUGGCCAUUGCAGGGGCAGUAGUGCGAUGGCUGAAGGACAACAUGGGCAUUGUGCAAUCCUCCUCAGAGAUCGAGAAACUAGCAGCUGCAGCAGGCACGUCUUACGGCUGCUACUUUGUACCGGCCUUCUCCGGGCUCUACGCCCCCUACUGGGAGCCCAGUGCAAGAGGCAUCAUCUGUGGCCUCACUCAGUUCACUAACAGGAACCACUUGGCUUUUGCUGCUCUGGAGGCCGUCUGUUUUCAGACCAGAGAGAUCCUCGAUGCAAUGAACCAGGACAGUGGUAUCCCACUGACACAGCUGCAGGUGGAUGGAGGCAUGACAUCCAACAGAUUACUGAUGCAGCUGCAGGCCGACAUCCUCUGCAUGCCCGUAGUACGACCCACCAUGUCAGAGACCACGGCUCUGGGUGCAGCCAUGGCAGCAGGUGCAGCGGAGGGGGUGGACGUGUGGAGCUUGAACCCCGGUCACCUCCCGCAAGUUACGUCUGAGAAAUACGAACCUCAGAUCAACUCCGACGAGAGCGAGUUCCGCUUCGCCCGUUGGAAGAAGGCUGUCCAGAAGGCCAUGAACUGGGAGACCACAGAGCCCUGCUGCAAUUCCAAUGGUUUAGGGAAGAAGAUUAACGGUGCCCCCUGGGGGGUUCCUCCCACCCCUCCCCCCACCAGAGUGGACCCCUAAGAUCACCAGCAGUAACGUACCUGUGGUAUAAAACCUCAAUGGGAACAUGGACGACUACUAUGGAGCAAGACUGGAAGAGGAAAUGUGCUCACACACAUACAGGAAUUGUCAGCUGCAGGAUGUGAUGUGAUGUGUGGCCUUCUAGCAGUAGUAUCUCAUGGCUGUGAUAUGACUUGACUGAAAACAGCAACUCAUCAACCUCAAGUGCCAGCUGGAGUCAUGUGACCUGUGGAGGUUUUUGAAGCAACAAGGGAACCACUUUUGAUGGCAUUUUCUUCUUCCUUCUCUGAAAAAAAGUGAAAGUGUUGUUAAAUAAUCCUGUAGAAACUAUGAAUUUACCUUUUUAACUUGUAAAGUUUAAGGGAAAUCAGGUGUUCACAGUCUGAAGUAAAGAGUCACACUGUUGUACCUCAUCACUGUUAACAAAGGGGGACACUGUACUGUUUUUUUUUACUGGUUGUUCCAAACAGUGUUGACUUGUUUGUACCUUCUCUUCUAAACUAAAGGUCCAGACAGAUGUCACAUGUCGAGUGGUAAUAAUUUUCUUAAAAACGGUUGGUGCUCAGUUUAUGUCCUUUUUAUAGUCGGGUUUGUUCUUGGAGAAACUGAAGAGGAUUGAGAAAUACUGUCCUUGGAGAUUUAAGGGGAUAUUUUGAACAAAAAAGAGAAAAAUAGAAUCAUUUAUUCUGGAUCACUACAAUGAGCCUCAACUUUUUAUUUUGAAUCAAAGGGGAAAUAUUUUUGACAUCAGUCUAAAUGCAACAUUAAGCUGACACUUUGCAGGCUCUUAACAGCACUUUAUAAUUUAUCCUGUGUAUGGAGAGUAUGAUUAUGGGAGUCAUGCAGGUUUCUUUUUUUUUUUUUUAAAGGGGAGUGGUGUUUUUAACUUGACUGUUUUUAUGAAGGGAUUUUUAAAGUUUCAUUGCUGAGGCCACGAAGAAACCCUCAAAUUCAGAACACGGUACAUUUUGAUUCCAUAUGUAUUCAAUUUUAUAUUCAUCUUUAAGCACAACCUUUUUAGAUCCGAGCCAUCGCACACACCUCUGACGGAUGCUCUGUUAAAUUUAGAAUGAAGACACUGACAUGAGGUAAAAUUCUAAAGUUAAACAUAUAUAUAUACAUAUGUUUUAUCAGUCAGAGGGAGCAUUUGUUGCGACUAAGAGAUUUGUGAUUCACUUUAAAGGGUGUGUCUAACUUUGUAAUGUGUAAAGAAUCUUUCUGGAUCCUGUUUGUACACCUGCCUGCUGCUUUUCUCUAAUUUGUUUUAUAAAAUGCGUAGCAAGACUUCAGCUCUACUAGAAUGUACAGAUACUGUAAUGAAUGAAUACCUGACUUGCAGAAUAAAACUAAGUACAUCAGCACCUCA